AAGAAAUCAAAAAAAGAAAAGAAAAAAAACUGUUAUAGUCUCUCUUGCUUUUCUUUGCUGUAGAACAUCAAUUUCAGAUUGGAGAAAGGGGAAGAUUGUUCAUACUACUGCAGAAAAUAAGGUACUGCAGACCGCAGAAGGAUGAAGAAGAUUGUUCAUGAGACUUGAGUAUGCGUUGAAUGUGCCAAAAAUACUGUGUUGGAAAGAUCAGAUGGCGAGUUUUUUGACUGAUUUGGUGAAGCCUUAUGUGGAGAAAUUGAUAAAUGGGGCGAUCAGAGAGUCAAGUUAUAUAUGUUGCUUCACAUGCAUUGCUAAUGAUUUUGAAGAAGAAAAGGCUAGAUUGGAAAUAGAAAGCACAACUGUUAAGCAACGUGUUUAUGAUGCAAUUAGAAGAGGAGAGGAUGUUCAAGCUAAUGCUCUUUUUUGGGAAAAAGAAGCUGAUAAGCUCAUUCAAGAAGACACCAAAACAAAACAAAAAUGUCUUUUUGGAUUUUGUCCCCAUAUCAUAUGGCGAUAUAAAAGGGGAAAGGAACUGACAAAUAAGAAGGAGCAAAUGAAAAGAUUAAUUGAAACUGGAAAGCAACUUUCAAUUGAACUCCCUGCCCGUCUUCCAGAUGUUGAACGUUAUUCAUCCCAACACUAUAUUCCUUUUAAAAGUAGGGAAUCCAAAUACAAAGAGCUUUUAGAUGCUAUGAAAGAUGACAACAAUUUUAUAACCGGGUUGCAAGGGAUGGGGGGCACAGGAAAAACUACAUUGGCCAGAGAAGUUGGUAAGGAACUUAAGCAGUCCAAACAAUUUACUCACGUCAUCGAUACGACGAUGUCAUUAUCUCCUAACAUCAGGAAGAUUCAAGAUGAUAUUGCAGGACCCUUGGGAUUGAAAUUUGGUGACUGUAGUGAAUCAGACCGACCCAAAAAACUAUGGAAGAGAUUAACCAAUGGUGAAAAGAUUCUUCUAAUAUUGGAUGAUGUGUGGGGAGAUAUUGAUUUUAAUGAAAUUGGUAUCCCAUACAGUGACAACCACAAGGGUUGUAGAAUUCUUGUAACCACGCGCAAUCUCUUAGUGUGCAACAGAUUAAGAUGCAGUAAGAUAGUCCAACUGGAGCUCUUAUCUGAUGAAGAGGCAUGGACCAUGUUCCAAAGGCAUGCUGGUCUAAAAGAAAUGUCACCUACAAGUUUUCUCGACAAGGGCCGUAAAAUUGCAAAUGAAUGCAAAGGGUUACCAAUUGCAAUUGCUGUUAUCGCCAGUAGUUUGAAGGGCAUACGACAUCCGGAAGAGUGGGAUCGGGCCCUAAAAUCCUUGCAGACACCCAUGCACGGUGCUGAUGAUGAGCUUGUUAAAAUUUAUAAACGCUUGAAAGUUAGCUAUGAUAAUAUGAAGAAUGAGAACGCCAAGAGACUAUUGCUCUUGUGUUCUGUAUUUCGAGAAGAUGAAGAAAUUCCUACCGAAAGGUUAACCAGACUUGGCAUCGGAGGAGGCCUUUUUGGGGAAGAUUAUGUCAGCUACGAAGAUGCUCGAAUUCAAGUUGUUAUAUCCAAAAAUAAACUCCUAGAUUCUUGUUUGUUGUUGGAGGCCGAUCAAAGCGGAGUGAAAAUGCAUGACUUGGUUCGUGAUGCAGCCCAAUGGAUAGCGAACAAAGAGAUUCAAACAGUGAAGUUGUCUGAUAAAAAACAAAAGGCAAUGGUUGAAAGGGAGGCAAAUAUUAAAUAUUUGCUAUGUGAAGGAAAUCUUAAGGAUUUGUUUUCCUUUAAGCUUGAUGGUUCCAAGCUUGAGAUUCUAAUUGUCACUGUGCUUAAGGAUGAAGAUUGUCACAAUCUGAAAAUCGAAGUUCUGAACUCAUUUUUUGAAAAUAUUAAGGGCCUUCGAGUUUUUCAUUUAAUCAAUGAUGAUUAUCAUCCUAGACUAGCUCUAUCAUUACUUCGGUCAGUUCAGUUGAUGAAAAAUAUUCGAUCACUUCUCUUUACAGAAGUCGAUUUGGGUGACAUCUCUAUUUUUGGAAACCUUCAAAGCCUUGAGACUCUUGAUUUGAAUUAUUGUAAAAUUGAUGAGUUGCCUUAUGAAAUCACAAAACUAGAGAAAUUUCGAUUGUUGAACUUGGAAUAUUGUAUAAUUGCAAGGAAUGACCCUUUUGAAGUGAUUAAAGGAUGCUCAUCACUUGAAGAGUUGUAUUUCAUAUAUAGUUUUAAUACUUUUUGUCGAGAAAUAACUUUUCCUCAAUUGAAAAGGUUUUUUAUCGACUCUAGCUAUUGGAGAUCAAAGAAUGAUUUGUCCUCAAGGUAUGUGUCUCUUGUAGCCCGCAAUCUUGAUGUUUUCCUAUCUGAAACAACACUCAAGUAUUGUAUGCAAGAAGCAGAGGUUCUUGGACUAAGAAGGAUGGAGGGGGGAUGGAGAAAUAUGAUGCCUGAGAUUGUUCCUAUGGAUCAUGGUAUGAAUGAUCUAGUCAAGCUUAGUUUGAGUAGUAUUUCACAACUACAAUGCCUCAUUGACACUAAACAUACUGAAUCUCUAGUAUCAAAAGUAUUCUCCAAGUUGGUUGUACUAGAGCUCGAAGGAAUGGAUAAUUUGGAAGAAUUGUUCAAAGGUCCUCUUUCCUUUGACUCUCUGAACAGUUUAGAGAAUCUGUCCAUUGAGGAUUGUAAACAUUUGAAAAUCUUAUUUGAGUGCAACAUAAACCUCUGCAAUCUAAAGAGUCUUUCAUUGGUACGAUGCCCGAUGUUGAUCUCCAUAUUUCAAUUGUCAACUGCUUGUAGCCUGAUGUUGUUGGAGAGAUUGGAAAUAUAUGACUGUGAGGGUCUUGAAUACAUAAUAGAUGAAAGAAAAUGGCAGGAAUCGAGAAGUAAAAUAGUUGAUGAUAAUGAUAACAAAAGUCAUGGCUCAAUGUUUCAGAAACUGAAAGUUCUUAGUAUUAAGAAGUGUCCAAGAAUUGAAUUAAUACUUCCGUUUCACUCUCCUCAUGAUCUUCCAGCACUAGAAUCCAUCACAAUUGGUAGUUGUAAUAAGCUGAAAUACAUAUUUGGCAAAUAUGUCAAACUUGGUUCCCUCAUAAAUAUGAAGCUUGAUGGUUUACCAAAUAUGAUUGACAUUUUCCCUGAAUGUUAUGGUGUACAUGAGAGGUCAUCUUCCAUUUCUGGAUAUGCUUCUAAGCCACAAACACAAUCAGGUCCAAUCAAACGCAAUAUCUUUUCAUGGACUAAUGUAUAUUGCUGUGGUAAAAAGUAUGGGCACAAAUUAAGGAGUAACACAAGUACUGAAAUCUCAUUGGUUUCCCAGGAUCAACAACAGGACAACUUAAUGGAAUCAAAUUCAUAUCCCCUUAACAUACGGGAACGUGCUCAAUGUCUUUCAAGACAAUCACAUAUGUUGUGCAAUGUUAAAGAGAUUACAUUGACCAAUGUCUCAAAGAUGAAAUCGUUAUUUAACCUAUCUACUGCUCCAAGAAUGUUAUUGGAAACUUUGAAUAUUUGGAACUGUAAUGAAUGGAGGCACAUUAUAACAAUAGACACUGGAGAUCAUCAUGACAACACUGAUGGCAAUAACUGGGGAACUGUCUUCCCAAAAUUAAGAAAGCUCGUUGUUUAUAAUUGCGCGCAAUUGGAAUAUAUAAUUGGACACUACAACGAUGGUCAUCAAAACAACACUAAGAUUCAUCUUCAUCUUCCAGCAUUGGAAGAUCUCUAUCUUGAGAAUCUGCCAAGUUUAGUUGCCAAUUACCCCAAACAAUAUCACACAACAUUUCCACAAUUGAAAAAACUUGUAGUUGAAGAAUGCCCGCAAUUUAUUGGUGAUUUCUUAACUCAUCAUUCAGUAACAAGAUCUGUGGACGAUACAAUCAUCAAGGAAUCGAGUGGGAAUAUGGAUAAUUUUCUAGCUUUGGAGACACUCAUGGUAAAUAAUAACUCCAAAGUAGAAGAUGUCUUUUGUCUGAAUGAAAUAAAUGAACAACAACUGAGCUUAGCUUUGAAAGAAAUUGAUUUGAAUGUUCUGCCUAUGAUGACAUUCCUUUUUGUGGGUCCCAAAAAUUCAUUUUUCCUCCAAAACCUUACCCAUUUAAAGAUCAUGCGAUGUGAAAAAUUGAAAAUUGUUUUCUCCACUUCUGUAAUAAGGUGUCUACCACAGUUGUAUUAUAUGAGAAUUGAAGAGUGCAAUGAGUUGAAGCAUAUCAUUGAAGAUGAUUUGGAGAAUACAACAAAGAUAUGCUUCCCAAAGCUACAAAUACUUGUAGUAGUAAAGUGCAACAAGUUGAAAUAUGUGUUUCCAAUCUCCAUAUGUAAAGACCUUCCUGAGCUAUAUGAUCUGAGAGUUGAAGAGUGCAAUGAGUUGAAGCAUAUCAUUGAAGAUGAUUUGGAGAAUACAACAAAGACAUGCUUCCCAAAGCUAAGAAUACUUGGUGUAGUAAAGUGCAACAAGUUGAAAUAUGUCUUUUCAAUUUCCAUAUGUAAAGACCUUCCUGCGCUAUAUCAUAUGAGAAUUGAAGAAUGCAAUGAGUUGAGGCAUAUUAUUGAAGAUGAUAUGGAGAAUAAAAAUUCCUCAAAUUUUAUGUCUACAACAAAGACAUGCUUCCCAAAGCUAACACUACUUGUUGUGGAAAAGUGCAACAAGUUGAAAUAUGUGUUUCCAAUCUCCAUAUCUAAAGAGCUUCCAAAGCUAAAUGUUCUCAUCAUAAGAGAAGCAGACGAGUUCGAGGAAAUAUUUGGAAGUGAAGGUGAUGAUCACAAAGUCGAGAUUCCAAAUCUAAAAUUUGUAGUAUUUGAAAAUCUACCAAGCCUCUGUCAUGAUCAGGGAAUUCAAUUUCAAGCUGUAAAACAUCGUUUCAUACUGAAUUGUCAAAAACUCUCUCUGGCUUCAGCAAUAAUAACCACAGACCUUGAUAAUGAUCUUUCUGGUUUAUAUAGUGACUACGGUAACAUCUACGUUAGCAUCUACGCUUGGCAAUUCGUUCACUAUUUGAGGGAUCUGUUUCGACAAUUACAAACCGCCAAAGGUUUUGCCGCUGGGUUUGAAGUUAAAGCAUCAUCAGAACACGAGUUGACUUCUCCAAACAAAACAAAACAAACACCAGAUACAGAGCAUGAACUUGUGGAAAAUGUUUCUGAUUUAGAAAUACCAACAAAUUCAAAAGAGUUGAUGAAUCAACAAUCUAUGGAGCAACAACGUCUACUUGGAGAAGCCGAUACUCCCGUCAAACCUUCUCAGGAAUGUGGUGACUGCCAAAUAGCCAUACCUUCUCCUCCUAUUGCCAUAACAAAUCCUCUUACCACUCAGGAUGUUGAUAUUAACAUCAAUGAUGAUCAAGUUUCUGUAAAUGAUGAUUCUGUCAUAAAAGUAACCUCAAUUGUUGAGGAACAAUUAUCUAAGGAUGUUGAAUUUAAAGUGCCAGAAUCUAAGCCAUCUCCUAUCAUUCCUUCACCUCAAGAAUUUCAAACUCCUUCAAUGCGAUCAAAAGGAGACCCUUCUCAAAAUGUAGAAGAUUUAAGUUCUUCUUUGCUUGUCAAGAGUGAGCUUGAGGAACUAGUCUCCAAGAAUCAUUUGGAUUGUGAGAACUUGUCUUUGUUGACUGCUUUCCUUGUUAGGAAUCCUUCUGUUCGUUUAAAGGACAUUGCACUGAGUAAUAGAUACAAGGGUUGUGCCUACAAUUUACUAGCCGAACUAUUGAAAUUCCUUGAAACCCAUAGUGUGUUGGAAGUAUUGGGGCCGUGCCACUCUAAAUUUGUGGAGUUAUUACAAGAUGCGCGCAGCUUUGGUUUAGAUAAGGAUUGGUUGGAUGGUGUGGAGAGGCACGAAGAUGCCUUGCAAAAAUUAUUGGAUUCAAAGCAACAGGUUACCAAGGAUGUUGAAGUGUUGCGUUUGAAGAUAGGCAUUUUAAGUCAACAUGUGGAAGAUCUUAAGCAACAAUUGACAUCCUCUGAAGCUGUUUUGGAGACUAUCAUUCAACAAGAGGCGGUUUUAAGUGCCCCUUUCGGCUAUUAGAUUAUAUUUUCUAGUAAUUUAAUUCUAUCAUUGCUACUUUGUUAUGCUUUUCAUUGUGGGAACUGAGAACCUUUGUACUUCAAUAUUGUUCAUUUCUUGGGUAUAACGUUUCGUCGUUUCUCAUCCAAAGUGAACUAAAGAUUCUUACUAUGUUUGUGUAUUUAAAACUAUUAUUGAUUGUUAUAUGUUACAUUGAUG